AUGCGUGCGGUCUCAGGUGCGACCGUACGCAGUGCACUUCCUUCGACUGGAAAGCUUUGUACGUACCUAUGCGAGGCCCUCCGAUCACUCGCCCCCCUUACUGAUCUGUAGGCCUCUGGGCCACCUCGCACAGAACCAAGGAAUGUUGGACGCACACCGACCUGUACCCCUUCGGCGACAACGCAGACAACAUGUACACUGCUGAGGCCUCCUGGGUUCAUUACGUCCCAGGAGUGUGCGCAUCGUACACUGCUCUCGCGGGCAGUAUCGGCAGUGGAUGCUAUCAAUACCAGGUUGUGGCGGCCACAACGACUACAUCGAGCACCACCGCGCCGCAAACCACGACGGGUCCAUCCUCUGCUUUAAGCACUGCCGCCUCCUCGUCCUCUACGUCUUCAUCGUCCGCGUCAUUUAGCACUGCCGCCUCCUCGUCCUCUGCGUCUUCCUCGUCCACGUCCUCUGCCUCUGCGUCUUCCUCUUCCUCGUCCUCUACGUCUUCCUCGUCCUCGUCCGCCGCCUCGAGCACCGCCUCUUCCCCGACGUCUUCGCCGUCGAUGACGACCACGCCCCAAUCGUCCACGAGGUCGCCGUCGGCGAGCAGCACCAGCACCAGCAGUACCAGCAGUGCCACCACGACCACCACAGGCUUGAGCAGGGCACAGCCGUCCAACGUCAACAUCGCUCGCCUCCCCGGGGUCACGGCGACCGCGUCGUCGUUCCGUGCCAGCUCUCCGCCGUCGGGCGCCAACGACGGAAUUAUUGGUGGUCUCGAGCUCGAUGGAUCGGGCAACGCGGCGCAAGAAUGGUCGACAGGCACUGGUACCGUACCGGCUUGGAUUCAGCUCACCUGGCCUCAGAGCUACCUCAUCAAGACCGUGGUCCUUUUCCCUCCCGUCAAUCUGCUGAACGCGAUCCGAGCCGGCACCUUGACCUUCUCAGAUGGCUCGACAGCCAACGUUGGCGUCCUGUCGCCGUUCGGUACCCAAAUCAACCUCGGAGCGGGCAAGACGACGAGCUCGUUGCGCUUCACCAUCACCGGCGCCGCGGUGGCGAGAAACGGGGUCGGGAUCUCCGAAAUGAGGGCGUACAAUGCUGCGCCAGCCGUGGGGGGUGUCCUAGGUGGGACCACAGGGGUCGUUUAA